CUGGUGACGGGGGGCGGGGGCGGGCAAGACUCCCCGCUAAAAGUCUUCCUGCUGAGCAAUCCACGACCCCGAUUUUUAAAAAAGUGACUUCUCCGGUUACCCCCCUCUCCGCUGCUGCGAGGCCAACGGGAGCCAUGGCUUAUCCCUUACUCUUCUGCCUCUUGUUCGCUCCGGUGGGGCUGGGAGUUGUUGGCGCCAGCCGCGACCCCUCGGGGCUGCCGGAGGUCCCUGGAGAGAAGACCCCGAGGGGGAAGCAGCCGCCGGCUGGAGACUCUGCCUUGGACCCCUUGGAGCCCUGGAGCCGCUCCACCGACGGCACCAUCUUGGCGCAGAAACUCGCCGAGGAGGUGCCCACGGACGUGGCCUCUUACCUCUACACCGGGGACUCCCACCAGCUCCAGCGAGCCAACUGCUCCGGCCGCUACGAGUUGGCGGGCCUGCCGGGGAAGUCGCCCGCCCUCGCCAGCUCCCAUCCCUCCUUGCACGGGGCGCUGGACGCGUUAACGCACGCCACCAACUUCCUCAACAUGAUGCUGCAGAGCAAUAAGUCGCGGGAGCAGAACUUGCAGGACGACCUGGAGUGGUACCAGGCGCUGGUGCGGAGCCUCCUGGACGGCGAGCCCAGCAUCUCCCGGGCGGCCAUCACCGUCAGCACCGACUCGCUGUCCGCGCCCACCCCGCAGGUCUUCCUCCAGGCCACGCGCGACGAGAGUCGCGUCCUGCUCCAGGACCUGUCCUCCUCCGCUCACCAGCUGGCCAAUGCCACGCUGGAGACCGAGUGGUUCCACGGGCUCCGGCGUAAGUGGAGGAGCCACUUGCACCGCCGCGGUUCCAACCAGGGGCCCCGGGGCCUGGGCCAGAGCUGGCGGCGCAGGGACGGGCUUGGCGGGGACAAGGUCCACGUCAAAUGGUCCCCACCGUAUCUGGAGUGCGAGAACGGGAGCUACAAGCCCGGGUGGCUGGUCACUCUCUCCGCCGCCUUCUACGGCUUGCAGCCUAACCUGGCACCGGAAUUCAGGGGUGUUAUGAAAGUUGACAUAAAUCUUCAGAAAGUGGACAUUGACCAGUGUUCAAGUGAUGGCUGGUUUUCAGGAACGCACAAAUGUCACCUUAACAAUUCAGAGUGUUUGCCUAUUAAAGGCUUAGGAUUCGUACUUGGAGCCUACCAAUGUAUUUGCAAAGCAGGAUUCUAUCAUCCACGGGUCUUCUCCGUCAACAAUUUUCAGAGAAGGGGGUCGGACCACCAUUUUGCAGAAAGUUCAAAAGAUGGCCCUGAAGAAGCCUAUGUCUGCCUGCCCUGCAGAGAGGGCUGCCCCUACUGUGUUGAUGACAGCCCCUGUUUUGUCCAAGAGGAUAAGUACUUGCGACUUGCUAUCAUCUCCUUCCAAGCCCUGUGUAUGCUGCUGGACUUCGUGAGCAUGCUUGUGGUCUACCACUUUCGCAAAGCAAAGAGCAUCAGAGCAUCAGGCCUUAUCCUAUUGGAAACAAUUCUUUUUGGAUCCUUGCUUCUGUACUUUCCGGUUGUUAUUUUAUACUUUGAGCCAAGCACAUUUCGCUGUAUUCUCCUGAGAUGGGUUCGUCUUCUUGGCUUUGCCACUGUUUAUGGAACUGUCACUCUCAAGCUUCACAGGGUUUUGAAGGUGUUUCUCUCACGAACAGCUCAACGAAUUCCCUAUAUGACUGGUGGACGAGUUAUGAGGAUGCUAGCAGUGAUACUCUUGGUAGUAUUUUGGUUUCUUGUUGGCUGGACAUCAUCUGUUUGCCAGAAUUUGGAGAGACAAAUGUCACUUAUUGGCCAAGGGCAAACAUCUGAUCACCUCAUCUUCAAUAUGUGCCUCAUUGAACGCUGGGAUUACAUGACAGCAGUUGCUGAAUUUUUAUUCCUCUUGUGGGGAGUUUAUCUCUGCUAUGCAGUGCGGACAGUCCCAUCAGCAUUUCAUGAGCCACGCUACAUGGCUGUUGCAGUUCACAAUGAGCUCAUUAUCUCUGCUAUAUUCCAUACAAUUAGAUUUGUUCUUGCCUCAAGACUUCAGUCUGAUUGGAUGUUGAUGCUGUAUUUUGCACAUACUCAUUUGACUGUGACAGUCACUGUUGGAUUGCUUUUAAUUCCAAAGUUUUCACAUUCAAGCAAUAACCCACGCGAUGAUAUUGCCACUGAAGCGUAUGAAGAUGAGCUAGACAUGGGCCGGUCUGGAUCCUACCUGAACAGCAGUAUCAAUUCAGCCUGGAGUGAACACAGCUUGGAUCCAGAGGACAUACGGGAUGAGCUAAAGAAACUCUAUGCCCAGUUGGAAAUAUACAAAAGGAAGAAGAUGAUCACGAAUAACCCCCACCUCCAGAAAAAACGGUGCUCCAAGAAGGGCUUAGGCCGCUCCAUCAUGCGGCGCAUCACCGAGAUCCCUGAGACUGUCAGCAGACAGUGCUCCAAAGAGGACAAGGAGGGCGCAGAGCACAGCUGCGCCAAGAGCACUGCCCUCGCCAGGAAGAACCCUCCCGAGUCUUCAGGGAACACGGGGAAGCCCAAGGAGGAGUCCCUGAAAAACCGCGUCUUCUCCCUGAAGAAGUCCCACAGCACCUACGACCACGUGAGGGAGCAAGCGGAUGAGCCGCACACUCCGCCCGCAGAGAGCCAGGAGGAGGGCACCGAAAACUCAGCGGCCGAGUCCCCGUCGGGUCGAAAGCUCACCCAAAAGCUCAAGGAGAACAGCGACGGCGAGUCCGCGGAGUCGGUGCCCCUGGUGUGCAAGUCGGCCAGCGCGCACAAUCUCAGCUCGGAGAAGAAGCCCGGGCACCCACGCACCUCCGUGCUGCAGAAGUCGCUCAGCGCCAUCGCAAGUGCCAAGGAGAAGACCCUGGGACUGGCCGGGAAGACCCAGGCGUCGGGCGGGGACGAACGCGCCAAAUCCCAGAAAGCUCUGCCAAAAGAUAAAGAGUCCAGCCGAAAAUACUCCAGUAGCGAUCUCCCAGAGACUAAGGAUUCUGCAGUCCCCAACUCCAGCCCGCUGGAGGAGCCCAGGAAACCUCAGAAAUCUGGGAUUAUGAAACAGCAAAGGGGCACGCCCGCCACUGCCAAUUCCGACCUAAGCCCCCGCACCGUCCAGGUGAAGGACAGCUUUGACAUAGGCGAGGUGUGCCCUUGGGAGCUUUAUGAUCUGACCGCUGGUCCCGUGCCUUCAGAAUCAAAAGUUCAGAAACACGUCUCUAUCGCCGCUUCUGAAACAGAGAAAAACCCCACUUUCUCCUUGAAGGAGAAAUCUCACAAGUCUAAGGCAGCUCAAGGGUGUCAGCAAACGAAUCAAAAGGGCAUAGACAAAGCCGAGUUGUGCCCUUGGGAGAGCCAAGGUCAGUCCCUGAUGGAAGAUGAGAAGCACUUGAGUUCUAAGACUCAGGUUCCCCCUGGGAGAACCAAGGAGGAAAAGGGCAAUCAGCAUUUUGCAGCCAAGGUGUGCGCUGGGCAAUAUGAAGAACUAUCCCCCAAAGUUGUAGCAUCAAAACUAGAGAACGAAAAUCUCAACCAGAUAGGAGACAAGGAGAAAAAAACGCCUUCCUCAGAAGACAAUGUGCAUGGCUCCAAUAAACCAAGUAAUAACUUUCAGCGUUUAAUAUCGCGAGCUGAGGUGUGCCCUUGGGAAUUUGCAACCCCAGAUCAACCAAAUGCUGAAACAAGUGUAGCUUUACCUGCCUCUUCCACUUUAAGUGCAAAUAAAAUAGCAGGGCCACAGAAAUAAAAGGUCUGGGUACUUCUAGAGUGUAGCAUCUCCAGAGAGCAAAGAAGGAGGAAACCCCGAAUUGGACAUAAGACACAAGCUAUCAGGAUUGGAAAUUCCCAAGAUGUAUUUGUCAGUGGAAGAAAAGAUGAGCGGCAUGGCCAGUUGACUGGGAGGGCAGAGUAGCAGAAUCCUGGAGAAGUUCAACUGGCCAAGAAGUCUUUCCCUGGGUAACACUUGGGAAAUUGGCUUUGUAGCAUGAUUAGGAGGAAUAACCCCUAAUGUCUGCCCCAUCAGUAUUUAGCCAUGGGACUUUAAAGAUCCUAAACAAGGCAAAUCCAGUCAAAGAAGAGAGAAAUUGUACAAAGAAGCAGGUCUAGCUGUAUAUGACUGAAAUUUUAAGUAGCUGACUGAAAAGAACCUAUUUUACCUAUUUAACCUUGAUAGCACUGCUAACUUACUGCAUCCCAAAAAUACCUUUUAUAUUAAUGAUUGCUCUCAUUUUCUUAUAAAUGUAUGUUUCAAUACAUUAUUGUGUCUCAUAUACAAGCAUUCCAGAUUGUAUAAGUUUUGCAGAUAACUUUGAUAUUAUGUGACACAGUACAUUUAUGCAAUCUGAAACUACCCAAUUGUUAUUGCAACUUACAGAAUACCUGCUGUAUAUCAACUUUAGUUGAUUCUUGAAGUACAGUAAGCUUUCUCUGGCUUGGGAAGCCAUAACUGAUAUGAUAAAACCCUUUUAGUUUUGCCUGUGGUUUAUAUAUUGUGCAUUUGGAUUUGACUCUUAUUUCCCAUCAUGGUUUGUUAUACUGUCUUAAUCAGGGUUUUUAUACAAGUUGAGUUACUUGUUUUGAACUUCUUGUUAGGACUCCUAAGCUUUACUAAUAUUGGAAAUCACGUGGUCCUUCUUAGUCAUAUGUCUUAAUAAGUUAAGGGAAACAUACAUUGUUUGUUCAAAGUCAGAGAUAGACAGCACCUUCAUUCCAAAUAAUUGUCCCUUUGAACUUUUUUCAGUAUUUUAUCCUUAACAGCAUUUCCUAGGAUGAAGUUAAGAGUCAGAAAAAUAUAUUGUGCAUUAUUAUUAUCAUUGGAGAGGGAAGACUCUAGGAACGAUGUGAUAAUUACACCAGUACUUAAGAGCCAGGGAAUUUGCCUUUCAAAACAAAGUCAGAAAGGGAGCUCCAGAGAGCACUUUCAAGGGAUUAUUUUUUUAAACAGAAGAAUUAUGGUAGCAUCAAGAUUGUUGUAUGGAUAUAUUUUUAUUACACUUACUGAAUAUAUAAUAUUUUAAAUUACCUUAAACUACUUAUUCUCAUAAGGUCUUACUCAUUGCUUCAACUAGGAGUAGAAUAUAACUGAGCUCAAAUCCCAAAGAGAUUUAUAACAUGAUUUAUUCAUAGCCUAAAGGUGGAUUGGGCUCUUCAUUCUUCCAAGCUAUGGGAAAUUUACAAGUCCUGCAAAUUGCCUUUGUGAGCCACCUAGCUCAAACUUUUAAACCUCCAGUUUAUUUACAAGGCAAAAUGGCCCCCAAAUCACGUUUUAUAAAACUUAUCACAUUCCAUAUUGAUCUCUUGGCAUAAGCAUCCUAAGCUGCUGAUUUAGCACUACUGAUGGAGCCUGCGAAGAGAUUCUGUCCAAAGCCCAGCCUCAUUUUGUUGAAAGCUAAAUGACUUUAAAGUAAAAAUAGAACCCAGAAUUCUCUUUCUCUCACACUAAAACUGAAGCAUGAAUGGUUUAUUUGGCUAGGAUCUUUCUGGCCUAAGUAGCUGAUUUUUAUUUUAUGAGCAACAGCAAGAACAUGCUAUGAGGAUGAAAGAUGAGAUAAAGAGAAUUAGAAGGUAGCUAAAGGGCUGUUCUUAGAGAACCCAUUCUCAGGGGAAGGACAAAACUAAUAAUUCUCCUUAGUGAUCAUUAAACAUUUCUUAAUGAUUUUUAUUCAGGAGUAAAUGAACACUUGACUAUUUUUGCAAAGUUGUGCAUAACUCUUCCUUACUGGUUUGCUGCAUAGUGCAUUACUCAGGUGGGUGGUUGGUUUCAAGAGAUAUAGAAAUUCUAUUUUUUUGUGUUACCUUUCGAUUCCUUCUUCCCUUCCUUUCCAAAUGAGGCCUGUCCACUUAGUAAUGUUGGAAUGACACUUUAAACUCUAUCUGUGAAUUUGGUUUGGAUUUUCCAGACCCACUUACACUUGCUUUAUUUAUGUCCAAGAUCUGUUAUCACUUUAUUCACGGUUUGAGAAAUAAGCAGACAAGCAUGAAUGAAUUUUUAUUGCACUUCUGGAUGCUCCUGCAAGAGAUAUGGCUUAAAGAAAAUUUGCCAAAUUAUACCUUAGUGAUAUUCUAUGAGUCAUAUAUUUUUCUCCACCAGCAUAAAUCAGUGAGAGUGCCUAGGGUCUUUCCUAAGGUUUCAUUGCCAUCAACUAUCACUCAGAGAAGUUUAAAUCUACAGUGUGUGAGGUUAUUUUCCCAGACUGAUUGUAAGAAUAAACACUGUUAUGGCCACAAACAUUUGCUAGGUUGUCCUUCUCAAUGCAUGUGCAGGCUGCAUCCUGUCCUUGUUUUUAAGUCAGGGUUUAUAAAUAGGUAGAUUUAUACCAAUCUUAAUAGAAAUGUGUAUUUUAUGCAAGAAGUAAAUGCUUCACGACAUGAAUUAUAACUCAACCCAUUGUAAACUUUGGUGGCAAUAUGGAUUUGAAAAUCGACAGUUCUCUUGUAUUUGCUUCCUAGGUUUCUGCAUGCAAGUGAUGACAGGUAGGACUGAAAAAAAAAACACUGCCUUUUGACUUCUAGCAUUUAGCAACUGAGAGUUGUAGAGUCUAUAAAGCUGUAAGUCUCUUAACUUAAAUCUGUGGUUCUUCUGAAACUAUUAUCCAAAACCUACAGCAUCCCACCAUGAAAUAUUUGGUAAAUUUAUGUUGUGAUGUGUUGCAGCAUGUACAUAAUUAUAACUUCUCUGCAAUAAAGCAUAUUUAUAUGA